AUGGCGGCCCUCGCUGCCGCCCUCGCCACGGCCGUGAGUGCGUACAACAACGGGAUGGGCGAGCGCCCUCCCAUGGGCUGGCAGACGUGGUGCUCCGUUGGCGAGUGCGGCGAGGACCACUGCUUCGACGGCCAGAUUCGGGCGAUGGCCGACACGCUGGUCUUGAGCGGAAUGAAGGACCUCGGCUACGAUUGGGUCGUCCUGGACGACUGCUGGCACCCGACGCGAGACAACGCGACGGCCGAGCUCGUGCCGUACCCACGCUUCUUCCCAGACGGGAUGAAGCCUGUGAUUGACUACGUCCACUCGCUCGGCCUCAAGUUCGGCCUGUACACGAGCGUGGGCGAUCGCACGUGCCACGGUGGCUGGUCACCAGGGUCAUUCGGCCACUACGAGAGGGAUGCGCGCACCUUCGCGGCGUGGGGCGUGGACUAUGUCAAGAUCGACUACUGUGGCUCGCACGAUUCGGUCGAGGGCCACCGUAACAUGUCGCGCGCCCUCAACGCGACCGGCCGGCCGAUGUCGUACAUGCUCUGCCGCGGCCCGUACCAGCAGCAAGAUCACUGGGGCUACGCGCCGGGCAUCGCCCAGGGCUGGCGCGCCACGGGCGACCACCACGACAACUUUGCGAGCGUGAGGCAGCAGGUGGAGGCUGUACGCGGGAAGGCGAGCUGGAGCGGGCCGUUUGGGUGGGCCUACCUCGACAUGAUGAUGACGGGCGGGCAGGGCUGCAAGGACCAGUGCGUUGGGCCAGAGUCGGACCAGGGACACUGCAACUGGACAAAGCCGGAGCACUGCCCCGGGAUGAGCGAGGAGGAGUACCGCACCGAGGCCUCGCUCUACGUGGUUGUCUCCUCCCCGCUGAUGGUCGGCACGGACAUCCGGCUCAUGACUCCAAUCAUGAAGGAGCUGCUGCUCAACAAGGAGGCCAUCGCCAUCAACCAAGACUACAAGGCGGUGCCAGGCGACGCGAUGCCCUCCUGCCACGGCUCUUCUCAAGAGGCGUGGGUCCGCCGCUUGUCAAACGGCGACUCUGCGGUGGCCCUGACCAACUGGGGCAACCACACCGCCUCCUUGGCAGUCUGCCUCGAUGCGAUUGGGUGGACGCACGGCGAGACGGCAGGCGCGCGCAACGUGUGGGCGAGGCAGAGCCUCGGCACCUUCUCGCGCCGCUUCGAGGCCAAGGUGCGGGCCCACGACACGCUGUUGCUGCUGCUCAGCCGAACUGGUGCGGCAGGGUCGCCGGAGAACAAGGUAGCGGUGGCCAUGUAG